GCCGAACGCGAUCUUUGGUCCCGAGCAGAAGAUGAUCUUCGUCGACUGAGGGCGUGGCCACUGCGGAUCUUGGUGACGACUACAUUAUUACUUAUUGGAUGGAUGUGUUCCUGUCUCUUUCUUGUAGCAAUUAACACUAGCUGUAUAGCUUAUGCAAGGCUUGGUCCCGGAUCUAUGGUGCAUGUUCGAUUGUGCCGUUCUACCGGCCCAGCAUCCCGCGUCCGUGGCCCCGAGUCGGGCACCCAGGGUCCCCAGGCUACCGCUCUGGAUCUGUCGGUGGCUGAACCUACGUUCUACCUUUACCUUUACCAAUUGGAUGUCGGCCCACUGACCGAUAUGAGUCGAAGGACACAUCGCGGGCCCCGACUGUAGUCCACGAGGCUGACGUCGAGACCGAGCGGUUUGAAC